AUAAACAGCACGAUUGAUUCCAAAGUUAUCAAUUAGGAGAGGGGUUAAUUGCUUCUGCUGUACUCCUCUCCAGGCUGCUGGCGACGCUUGACAGCUUCUUGUCACCAUCUUGGUGACAUCGUAUAACCUGUUGGGUUUUGUGACAUUUGUAGCAGCGUUUCAGUUGUCCAGCUGGACAGCUCUGAUUCUGGACUUGCUGCAUAUAUUAAUACUGCCCCAUUUUCACUGUCAGAAAGCAGCAGAAAAGAAAUAUUUUCAUUAGUUCAGCAGCACCCGUGCAGGUUCUCCUUUUUCUGCUGUUUCACAUUGAAGACAAAGCUGUUCUUGCAGCAAGCAGCUCAGUGCAGAGAGCCCUUGUUUGCUGCACGUGAGACAUUAAUUCUAAAGUGUGGGGAGGGGGAGAGGUAGGGGUUAGGAAGGUUAUGGUUGUCUUUUUAUUUGCACUGACUACUAAUUAAUAAUUUAAGGCGAGAGCUUUGACAAUCCAUGUCCUCUGCCUCGAGAGAAGCGCUUUUGUUCUCGGUAGAUUUUUGCCUCUCGCAGCUCUGGCACAGAAAUGGUGCCUACCUGAGCAGCACUGCUGUCCUUUGACAUCCAGCUCCAUGCGUGGUUCGAAGCAAUUAGCAGCACUUAUGGAAAUUACUGUAUAGGAUAAUUUUGGAGUUAUUUUUAAAAUGCUGCAUCCGUGCUUUUGGAAGCCCCAACACAAGCCGUUAGGAAAUUGUCUUCUCUCUGCUGCUGGAAAUGGAGCCCAGCAAUUGUUGUCAGCGACGGCGUGGGGAGAAAAGCAACAGGGUGGUGGGGAAUAGAGGCAAGUCUGCAGGAGGCAGCAGGGAACCCUGCGGGGCUGGCAUUGCUGGGUUUCUGAGGCCAGGAGGGCACCGGGGCUGUCAGCAUUUGAUGCUGCAGGCUGAAGCCCUGGUGUGCUCAGCAGAUGUCAUGCAGGCCCUGUGCAGGUAAGGAGUGUCUUCUCAGUUUCUCUGGAAGCCAAACAAAACCCCUUUGCUGUGUAACAAAGGAGCAGUGAGGAGUGCUGAGAGGUGAGAGGGUUGCUUUCAAUAAUGCAGCAGUUCUGAAAGCAAAUCAGGAGCCCACCUGCUGCUGUUGCAUGAGAGCGCUGCAGAACAAGGUGAGCGUCUGAGCUGCUCAGGAGGGUGUGGGUGAGAUUUGGGAGGUGGGUAUGGAAUUUGGGCAUGGAUGCAGUGCAGCCCUUGGGCUCUUCCUUCUCCGUAUACAUCAAGGGGGCAUCGCUGUUGGUGAAAAAUUGCCCUGCGUGAACUUGGGGAGGGGAAAAUGGCACAGGUGUGGUGUGGGGGAAGUUCUGUUUUAAUCUCAUCCCUCAUCUAACAGCGUGCCAUUCAAGUGGAAGCUCUGCUGAAUCCCAGCUCUGUGUAAUGCUGCUUCCUCAGCCUUUGGCUGGGAGAGGGAAUCCCAGAACUGUCAGAGUUGGAAAGGACACGUGCAGACCCUCAGUCCGAUCAUGUGCUAAAGCAGGAUGCACAAAAAAGCAUCAGGAGGGCUUGGAUCUCUUGGGGAAGGAGACCCCCACGUCUCUGGGGGUCAGGUUUGGACUUAGAGCUGCAAUGAAUGCUUGGGCCAUUCGGAUCUAUUUACAACAACAGCAGUAACGUGGCAUUUCUUGUCUAGACAAAGCCCCGAGGUGCAGCUGCCACCUCCUUGGGCUCCUCCUUGAAGCACAGUGACCACACCACAGGGUGUUAAGAUAGUUCCUGCAGCAGCUGAUGGAGGCACUGAGCCCCAGCUCUGGAUUGGAGGCAGUGAUGGGAUCCAUCUGGAUUCAUUUUCGAUGUGCAGUCCAACACUGUGAUGGCCCAAGGAGGAACCUUUGAAAACAUGAAGGAGAAGAUCAACGCAGUGCGUGCCAUAGUCCCAAACAGGAGCAACAAUGAGAUUGUCCUCGUGCUCCAGCAUUUUGACAACUGCGUGGACAAAACAGUGCAAGCAUUUAUGGAAGGUAACGCCAGUGAAGUAUUGAAGGAAUGGACUGUGACAGGCAAAAAAAAGAACAAGAAGAAGAAAACCAAACCGAAACCACAAGCCGAGGCGAACCCUGGCCCCACAGACCCCAGGAAAUUGGUGUCCACUGAAGAGGAGCAGUCAGCAAACUCGGAGAAGGGGGGAAUUAACGGUUUCCAUGUCAACGGCUGUGCCCAUGACACGGAGUCGGUGGACUCGCUCAGCGAAGGGCUGGAUGCGCUUUCAAUUGAUGCCAGAGAGCUGGAGGAUUGCGAGGCCUCGGUGCCAGACAUGCCUGAGAGAACAGCAGUGCCUCAACUAGAGAAUGGAAUAGCAGACCUCGACACCAAAUCUCUCACCAUGCACCCUGCCCAGAGCCCUUCGUCUCUCAGACAGCGUCCUGAUCAGCACAGCGCCAGCAGGUCUGGCUCCAGACCCACGGCCCCCACCUCCCUGCCUGCUGUGCGCCUGGACAACGUCGCCUUCUCACCUGCAAACAAGAAGCUGGGUUCUAAUAUUGAAAAAUCAGUGAAGGAUCUCCAGCGCUGCACCGUCUCACUGGCUCGGUACCGGGUGGUGGUGAAAGAGGAAAUGGAUGCUUCCAUUAAGAAGAUGAAGCAGGUAUUUGCUGAGCUGCAGAGUAGCCUCAUGGAUCGCGAGGUGGCGUUGCUGGCUGAGAUGGACAAAGUGAAGGCAGAAGCAAUGGAGAUCCUGAUGAGCCGGCAGAAGAAGGCAGAGGCCCUGAAGAAGUUGACCGACGUGGCAGUGCGGAUGUCAGAGGAGCAGCUGGUCGAGCUCCGAGCUGAUAUCAAGCACUUUGUAAGCGAGCGCAAGUAUGAUGAGGAGCUGGGCAGAGUGGCACGGUUUACGUGUGACAUCGACGCGUUGAAGAAGAGCAUUGCUGCCUUUGGGCAAGUUUCUCACCCGAAGAACAGCUACUCCACUCGCUCCCGCUGCAGCUCCGUCACAGCCGUGUCCCCAAGCAGCCCCAGCAACAUCUCUGCUCCCUCCAGCCCCGCCUGUGCCUCUGCCAUCAGCCUUACCACAGCGAGCAAGAAGCCCCCGUCCUCCAUGGAGGCGGCCGUGGAGGGUGCAGGCAGCCACCCCCCCCAGCCCCACCGAGAGGCUGCCCCAGGGAACAGGCGAUCGGGACCACCGGCACCACCGGGCUCCCGGCCGCAGUCCCACGCCGCUCCUCCCCCGGCCAGGCGGUCCGGCGGCCCCCGGCACCGCGGCGGAGCAGCUCCGGCACUUGGCCGGCACCAGAGCAGCCCGGGCAGCCCCCACCAAGUGCAGCCCCCGGAGCCCGGAGCUGCGGCCGGAGCUGCAGCCACGCACAGCAAAGGGCUCCCGCAGCGCAAGCCCCGCGCCAGCCGCCAGGAGGGAGCCAGCUCCUGAGGUUUCCCCACUUCUGCCCUAAGGGGACGAGACUGUAGGAAGCUCCUAGCUAGAGAUAUUAACAAAGGAAAGUUUACACUUCUCAGUUCUUGUGCCAUUAUUAUUAUUAUUUUUUCUUUCCUUCUCUUUCUCUGACGUCUGCUUUGUGUUCUCUCACCUACUGCACCUCCACCCGGGCUCGGGGCCCCUUUGCUGCUGUCACUGUUGCCUUUUUCUUUCCCCUCUAGAAAAUCUCCAUGGCUCUGAUGUCACUGUAGGCAGAGGGGGCCCAAACGCAGCCCCCAGCCUCUUUGUCCCCACUCUGCCCUGACCCUGGGGUCUCACAUUGAAGGAACGGCCCCAGGACAGCCCAGCCCUCGUGCUGGCAACGAGGACAAGUGCUGCAAAAUGGGAGCAGGGGGCAAUUUGAAGGAGCCAGGAGGGGGUUGUGAGGGCUAAGCCCCCAGCGCUGUGCCAGCAGGACCCUGUGCACACUGCACAGCGUGUUCUUCUCUGGUUUAUGUAGAGGGGAAAACUCUUUGUUCAACUCACCUCCCUCUCUGUCCAGACCCACCCUAAAUUAAGGAGCAAUAUCAAUUAGCAGAGCUAAUCUUAGCUGCUACCAAGCGGUGAUGGCCGUUACUUAGCAUUGUCCGAAUAAAAGGCAAUGUUCGUG